CGUCAUAUCCGGCUCAAACAGCGGCGCGCGGUAUGUUUUCACAGUAAACCACCAGCUCUCUUCUGUUAUGAAAAUAUGAAGACGACGUUCAGAAAACUUAUAGGAGCCUUUGUGUGAGAUUAUGUUUCCCAGCAGAGGACAACCUGCAUUCACGCCGUCUCUUGGACAGUAAUCCCCCUGCCCUCCUCCUCUGGUGACUGCUGUCAUCAUGUCCCAGACCAACACGACUCUGCUGGAUGAGGUGGUUCAGUGGAGUCAGGAAACCUGUCGCCAGAGGCUCAAGUCUGUCCUGCCAGAACUCACCUCUUUGCAUCAUAAAUCAGAGAGUUGGGAUGAUCAUAUACGUGUUUUGAAGAUAAUUACAGACAUGUUCCUCCCUCAUAUUGGCUUGUCAGAGCUUGAAGAUGAGUGCUUUUCCAAGAUCUUACCAAAGGCAGUGACGGUGUUUGACUGCAUGAUGAAAGAACUCUUGGACCAGGUUGGAGGACUGUCUAGUCAGAACACAGAGCUGUGUGCCUUACUAAGGAACAUUCUGCAGGCAAUGAUGCAGAUCAUUGAUGCACUAUCCUCUUGCGUGCGUCAUAUCGGAACAUUUGAGGAAGCUCCUUACCUAGAUGCAAUCCGCUCAUUACCAACAUGUAUCCUCAAAGUCCUGAAGGAAACCUUUCAUCAUUGCAAGGAGAGUGAGGUGGUCUACUGUGGCCGCCUGUCGCUGGUGGCUGAUUUACUACAGGGACUCUUUAAAGAGGCGUACUCCCUCCAGAAGGGUCUGUUGGAGCUGCUGGAUAGGGUCUCCCUUGACAGCAGCGCCUCAGAGGAAGAGGUCUCUUAUAUUGUUACAGUGAUUCACAGCCUACUGGACAUCUGCUCCAUCAUCUCAAACCUGGACAUAGCACUGCAUGCUAACACAUGGAAAUUCCUCAUCAAACAGAGUCUGAAGAACCAGUCGUUGGUUGAGGAACAUCUGCAUCACGGUGACAUCAGCAACAGCCUGUGUGACAACCUGUUAGCCUCCUUCCACAACUGUGUAGAGCUGGCUGAGCAGAUGAAACAUCCUGGGCAGCAGGAGUCAACUCAAAGUCCGGAGUACAAGCUGUUCCAGAAAAGUUCAAAGAUGUGUCGAUUUUUUGCCAACACUUUGGUUCAUUACCUCAAGGAAUUUAAGUUUUUUCUGACAAAGUUCUGCCACAGUUAUCACCAACUCUACCUCCAGAUCAUCAGUAAGUUCCCUCCCAGCUUGUGUGCUCCGACACUACUCUUGGCUCUGUCACAGGAGCUGAAUGCUGCAGCGCUUAUUCCCAUGGAUGCCCUCGUGCUCCAGCUGCUGCCAUUGAGGCCUUUCGCAGAAGUCGUCCUCCAGAAGGACCUGCGGUUAACUCCUGAACAUGAGCUUCCUCAUUGUCUUCUGCUUGUGAGUGUCCUGGGUCAGCUCAGCUCCCAGCCAGAGGAGGUCCUGAAGCUUUGGUACACUGGCAGCCAGUUCUCAGAAGAGACACCAAGGCUUCCUCUCUACCAGGCGAUGUUUGCUAGUUUCAGGCGGUGCUACGUAGAGCGACAGGUUCCAGUGCUGUUGCCGGGGGUGAUGAUGAAGGGUCAGGCCCAGGUCAACGUCACUCUGCACCAACAUCUCUGUGUGCAACUCUGUGCGAAUGUGGCUGCACUUCCUCCAGCAUACCUCCCUGUGCUGGAGCAAUGUUUGGUUGAUGCUUUACUUCAGGCCGACAUUCAGACAGCUCUUCUGGCAACCGAUGUGUGGUGCUUCACUGCACGGUAUGGGACAGCAGAACUUUGUCUUCAUCAUGUCAUCCUCAUUGCUCAACUGGUGAAAGCUUGCACCGAUGAGUGUCACCAGUCGUUCCACCUGGGCCUGCUGCUCAAACGCAUGGUUUUCCUCAUGACGCCAAACCACCAGAUGGAGCUGGUGACACGUUUCCCACCGUCUGAUCUUGAAAACCUCCCAGUGUGGCGACAUGUCCUCCUCCGAGCUCUCUCAAGUGACGCUCGUCACCGCGUAGAGACGGACAUCGUCGGCCUUACUCAAAAAGCUCUGAGUGACUGGCAGAGUGGAGGGUGCAAACUGGGACAAGUGAACAAAGUGAAUGUGGUGCUGUUAUCCCUCCUAGUGGUGGUUGGAGGGCAGUCAUCGCCUGAGGAGCAGUGUGUGUUGUCCACGACGAGGAUAAUCACACAGCUGUGGUUACGAAUGAGUCCAGAACAGGUGCAGACUCACCCUGUGCUCCAGUGUACUCUGCAGCUGCUCCUCUCAUUAUCAGCUGUUUUAGUGAAAAAUAUGGAACAUCAAGUCAUUCUCCAGGCUCUGUUGUGUGUCGAGACCGUGGUGUCUCAGAAGUGUGAAGAUCAGCUUCUGCUGGCUGUGCUGGAGUUUCUCGCCUCUCUCGGGAAGGUCCUUUUUCCUCCCGACAGUCAGAAUCAGAUUCUGCCGAGGCUAAGUAGUCUGUUUGGAGUCUUAUUGUCAGACAGAUCCUGGCUGCUACAUCAGCACGCCCUGGAGGCCUUUUCUCACUUUGCAGAGAUCACAAACCAUGAAGAAGUCAUUUCACAGAGUUUGUGUGAAGAAGAGACCAAGACGAAGGUUGUGAACUACCUGAGCAAGACUGUGGGCACACAGGAAAAUGUGGAGUCACGGCUGCAGAGGCUAAAGCUACAGACUGCUGUUAUUGAGCAACACAACGAGAGGCUGGAGAACAAGAAGAAGGAAGAAAGUUCUUCAAACAAAGAGGCUGCCCUGGCUGUGGCAGAUCCAGAACCAUGCCCAAAGAGAGCUCGGCAGGAGACCAGCACAGAGGAAGAGUACAGCCGCUACAUCCAGACAGCUGAGAGUGCUCUGAAAGCCCUUCAAGCUCUUAUCGAGGGGAAGGCCAACACAACUGAACCAUCUCCACAGUGGCUGGACUCAAGGCUGCAGGAGCUGCAGACCCUUAUAACGAACAUCAGAACAGCCAGACACACAGUCUAGCUGCUCCAGAUGUUUUGUCACUCAGGAAAAUGUUCUUCAUCAGUCUGGGGCUGUAGAAGACUUUUUUUUUUAACUUUCUGUUGUCAGUUAUGAUUAUUAUUAUUGUUUAUUAAACUUGUUUGAUAAAAGAAAA